AUGGCUUUUAAAUCGUUCAUAUACUCUAAAGGCUAUCAUCGUUCUGCCGCUCAAAAGAAAACCGCAACCUCCUUUUUCGAUAGUUCCUACCAGUAUUUAAGGCAAAACCAAGGGUUGGUAAAUUCGGAUCCUGUACUUCAUGCAUCCCAUCUGCAUCCCCAUCCAGUCGUAGUAGCGAAUGUGAAUUAUAACAACGUGGAUGAUGUUUUACACCUGCACGACUUGGAUUCUUGCAUAAACAACAACAACAACAACAACAACAACACCAACCCUCUAACGCACGAGGAACUACUGUACAACCAAAACGUUUCUCUUCGAUCGCUGAAGCAGCAGCCAAACGGGGGUAACACUAAUAAUAGCAACACUCAGCAUAGAUACUACUCCACUGGUCCAACCUUCUCGGCGAACCAGUACGACCCUUUAAGCUUCAAUACUAGGAAUUUUCAGGACUUUCAAUUGAAAUCAUCACAACCAUCAGUACAACAACAAGAGUAUAACCUUCUUCAAGAUGAAAAUACUCCGGUUUGGAAGGAGGACGCAGAACCAUGUUUAAAUAAGUCUACGUAUAUGCAGACCCAUAUCGAUGAAAUCAACUGUUGUUAUGAACAAAAAAAUUACAAUAAGAUCAAUUCUUUGUACCAAUCAUUAAAAAGAAACGACAUAGUUCCACCACUAGAAAUUUUCACAAAAGUUUUAGAUUCUCUUUGUAAGAGACCACUGGAUAAUAAUGAUUUAGACAACAAAAUGUACGAGUUGUUAACGUGUUAUCAAGAUAUGAUCAACAAUAGACUGAAACCCCCCGAUGAAAUUUAUAACAUUGUAUUAUUAUCUCUUUUCAAAGGUUCUAUUUUGGCCUACCAGUUCAAAAAUCCAAACGGCAAUGACUUUUACAAAAUUGCCAUUGAAUUGUUCAACACCACCACUAAUGACCCCAAGCAGAAAAGUGUAGUCAAGUUCCGCAACUUUUCCAAAGAUGUUCUGGACUACAAUCUUUUAGCGAUGAACAUUUAUCCGGGCCAUGUCACACUAUCAAAAGCUCAACAAGUCAUCAAGUCCUCUCCGGCCUUCGUUAAGGAUUCGUUUUACUUUAUUGCAUGCUUUUCGUACGCCAAAUCAACAAAUGACAAAUUUGCCAUCAAAGAACUAUAUGAAGAUUUUAGACUAUCUUUAUCCUCCCUUGGUUCAAAACAAGGUCUACUCGAUGACCAAUUCGAAGUUUAUAGCGUAAUCCUUUCCAGUUUCAUUGAGACUGGUGAAGUUGAGCUAGCGACCAAUCUUCUGGACGAUUUGGUGUCCAGGAUUCAAAAUUCAAAUGGGUUAGCCUCAAACAUUUCGCUGUUAUUGUCGAAUUUCUUAAUAUCAAUGAGUAAAGUAGACUCUUCUAAAGCUUAUGAAAUUUGGUUCAAAUUCCAUAAAUUGGAUUGGAUACCUGAGUUCUCGUAUGAGUUUUAUUUGGUGUUUAUGGCAAAUAGUUUCCAAGAUUGGAACUUGACUAAGAAGAUUUAUGAUUAUAUUUUUCCCAUGGAGAGGAAUCUGUCUCCGUUGAAGAAGCAAAAAUUGUCAGACUAUUUAUUGUAUCCAAUAGGGGCCGAAUCCAUUAUUACAUCUUUACUAGAUUAUUCUUUGCAAUUGAAGGAUAAUGAGAUGAUUAUGAAAAUAUUAGAGGAAUCCAUUGUCAAAAAUUUCUCCUUCGACAUCGGCAUUUAUCCAUUUGUCUUCAAUUAUCUACGAGAAAUUCAAUGCGGAGAAGACUAUCUUAUGAGAUUUAUUGAAUCGCACGCUGACUUCAUUACGAGGGGCGAUUCUCUCGGCAAAUUCCAAUUUUUAAAUAUUAUAGUUGAUAAUUUUCAAUCGCAAUCACUACUAGGCAAAAUAUUUCAUGCGAAGUUUUUCAAGAGCUUCGUGAAAGAUUUCAAUCUAGAAAAUUGUGGAAUGGUCAGCUAUAAUGGGUUGAUUUCAUGCUUUAACAAUUUUGUUAAAGUUCCAAAGACAAUAAAGGAUUUUCCAUACAUUUUAGAGAUCCAUGCCGUUUUGAUAACAAAAUUGUUUGACUUCGACACUUAUCCAAUUCUGCAAAGUGGUGACAAUCAAGUUCUCUUGAGUUUUAGAGACGAAAUUGAAAAUCAAUUCAAGGUUUUGAUUCAAAACUUUUACAGAUUAAAUUUAGAUCCAAACUCGUUAACAGGCGCAGUAUCGCAGGCUUUGAAAAUGGUCAACCUAGAUGACACUGCUAAUGGCCAAGAUUUACUGAACUUCUUCAAUCAUCCUGGAGACUGGGACAAAUCCUAUCCAUUGUCCUUGGGUUCUUUUAUCAGAAACUCUUCUAGGGGCGGUAUAAGGGAGUUUACCAAACUAAGCAAAGAAGGCUAUUGCUUUGAUUAUGACACGUAUAAAGAACUGGUCGUUCACAGGGCUAUUAACAGACAAGUCAUCGAUAAAUGCCUAGAUAUAUGUCCUGAUUCAAUUGAACUGAAAAAAAUAGUGAAUUUAAUCAUUUCCAAAAUUCCUGGUAGAGACCUGACAAAAUUGGUGAUCAAUAAUCCAAAGUUUACCAAAGUUUUUGUGCCCAACUUACGAAAUGAUUCGAUGGUGAAAUUAAUCAAAAACUGUGAAUCUUUACUAAAUUUCAUAAAGGUCUGCGAUUUCCCAGAAAAGUUCAAGAGCAUCGCCAUUCAGGCUGAGAACAAGAGUGCUAUUGAGCUGAUAUACGAAAGGUUGUUUGACGGUGGCAACUAUAUCGAUAUUCUGAGGUACAAUAACAUCGUACCCGUAUUAAACUUAGAACUUUUACUAAAAUCAUGUAUAAGAUCUGGUGAAUUCAAACAAUAUGAAAACCUUUCUACAAGGUUUAGCGAUAAAAUUAGCGAAUCUUCCGCAAUUGAUAUCCAGCUCGAGUAUAUGAUUAAUAAGAAUGAUAUUAAAAGUGCCUUAGAACUAUUCAAAAAGACCCCAAAAGAAUUAAGGACACCUCAUAAGACUAAGGAUCUUUACACAUUCACAUUAUUUUUGGACAGUUUCAAUAGAGACAUUACCUAUUAUGAAAGCCCAGAGAAUACACUACAGUUUGCCAAUAUCUUAUCCAGCCAAACAAGCUUCAUAAAUUUAUUAUCAACGUACAAUCAGAUCGCCCAUUCAUAUCAGCUAAUGGGUUUUAAUGUAGGUGGAAUGGCUACUAAGGUUAAAAAGGAAAUUUUAAUUCAAAUGCUGAACAAUCUUCAAGACUCCAUCAGAUUGUUAUCUCCCAGCAUUGAUAAUGACGAACUAAUGAAGCAGAAAUUGAGGGAGAAAGUAAAGAACUACUGCAGAUUCAAAGCUUAUUUGAAGUCGCCUGAAUUGGACAUAAAUGAGCUGAAGACCUUGAUUUCGAUCGAGUCUUUUUUAAACCCUUUCACUCCUUCAUUGCUGUUCAAUAACUUGGUUGAGACUAUUUACUUAAACGAACACGCUCCUUCGUUAGUCCUUCAGAAUGGGCUAAUUUACUCGUUUCAGCAAAAAGGCCUCAACAAAAUACUGAACUAUCUGGAAGAAAGCUUUAUAUCUAAUGAAAAUGAUGCAAAUAUUGAAAAGGUCAGAGAAUUGAGAUCCGUACUAGGAAGUAGCAAACCUUUUCAAUUAUGA